GGGCGCAGUCGCGAGUCCCUAGCCGUAGUCUAGAGGGGCGGAGUCCUUGAAUUUCGCCAAUAACAGAUCGCGUUGCUGUUUAGGAAGCUCCCCAAAUAUCUUGUACGACGAAAACGCGAGACACGAGAGUAUAGCUUGGUUUAGUCCGCUCUUUCUCGCUGUUCGGUAUCUUGGGGCGUGGGCCCGGUAAUAUAUUCCAUCGAGGUUGCAAAACAUCAUUUACCCGAUAAUUGCGAUCAAAGUAUUCUUUCCCAAUUUCGCGAUAAAUCACAUCACGGUUUAAUCUGAAGGUCAGUGACGUCGCGUUACGUUAUCUUUUUCACAUAGUCGAAUUUUAUCCCACAACACAUUUGUCUCUGAAGACAUUCGUGCUCAGUGCAGCUAAACGUUUCCAAUUGACCGGGAAGCGAGAUUCAAGUUUAGAUUUUAUACGUCUGUAUAACGCUUGUACGGAUGCCGUCUGAUGUUUAUUGAAUAAGUGCUCAGCUUUCAACACCGAGUGAUACUGUGCGACGUCCUUUCAUAUUAUAUCGUCGUUCAACUCUUGAGAUUGGAUAACGUUUGUGCUUUACCUACGAUCAACAUCCACUGUCGUCCACGGUGAUACAACGGGCAAAUGAACAUCAUUUUAUGGGGAUUCUUCAUGGUUUACACUCACAUUUGAAGAAUCCUUCAGCAGCUGGACUUUCAGGAGGAAUUAGAGAACUCCAGACCCUUCUCAAUGCGGCCCCACCGCCCUUUUUGGGUCACUGUGAUUUUGAGGACACCUGCGAUUGGUCGUGGAACAUGACGAAUGGAUUCCGCAAAGUUUCGGCCUCCGAAACAUCUUCCUUCGGGCUCGAAGCAGACGCUAGCAAACUGCCAAAUGGACAUUUUUUGUGGCUAAGAGGACAGGGAAAGGGCCAUAUUUGGUCUAAGUUGAUUCCAAGAACCGGAAGUAAGUGCCUUCUUGAGUUGGCGUUGCAUCAAGUACAAAUGCUCAAUGGUAUCAUAAGUCUCGUUAUAGAAACAAGUAAUCAUACAAGCGUCGUCUCUGUUGAACGAUCUGGAAAUAAUCUUGCCCAAUGGGAAAAGACUCGUUUCAACUUGGGUAUUAUUACUCAGCCAUAUCGAGUCGUAUUGGAAAUGACAACGCCAUCCCCAAAUUCCAGUAUCGCUGUUGAUAAUAUUCAGCUUUCCGAAUGCUUUCCAGAAUCACCACCACUUGGUGUAACUUGUACGGAUGAUAUGUUCCGGUGUAGUAACGGCUCAUGUUUAAAUAAAACUCGCAUCUGUGACCUGACCGCGGACUGUGCAUAUGGCGAAGACGAGAUGCUAGAAUGUGACAAAGUCCCGGAGAAUGGAAAGUGUAAUUUUGAAGACGGUUGGUGCGGAUGGAGAAAUGAUCCUUCCCUUCCUCUGAAUUGGACACGUCAUAGAGGACCAAUCCCAACUGAAAGAAUCGGGCCCAGCUAUGAUCACACUUACCGCAACACAUCUGGGAACUACGUAUAUGUAAAUAUGUCGGGAAGCUUGCAUUAUGGAGAUCGAGCGAGGCUAGAAAGCCCAGUGUAUAAUCCAACACCUCCUUACAGCAGUGAUGCAAAUAAUCCCUACUAUAAGUCCUGCCAAGUGCGAUUUUUUUACCACCAAUAUGGAAAGCAGAGUAGUGGAUUAGGGUUGUACUUGGUUCAAAUAAAGCAACAUCAAAACGUCUCUGACAGACUUUGGUGGUUAUAUGGUGACCGAAGUGAUGUAUGGAACAAUCAGGCCAUAGCUCUCCCAGAGGUCAAGCACAGGUACUUUUUAUGGUUUGAGGCAAGCAGAGGGUACGGCUCAAAAGGCGCUGUAGCUAUAGAUGAUUUUUCACUCAGUCCCGAGUGUUUUGGUGUCGGAGUUCCGCCAGAGUAUGCUGGAGAUUUUAAUUAUUACACCUAUGUGCCACCAGACACCGAACCCGAAAAGCACAUGGAUUUUGCCAAUGAAACAAUUAUCAGAGUAACAACUUGCGGGGCACUCGGUAGAUUUGGUCCAACACCAGAACAGUGUGCUCCAGAACACCGGGGAACUGAUUUAGAAUUACUUUACCCAUCAACGAUGUCAGCUACCACCAUUGUAGCGGGUGAAAAAAUAAUGAUAUCUCACAUGAAGGGGAUUCAACGGUGGACCGUACCUCGUGGUGGAUAUUACACAAUUAUCGCAAUGGGAGCCGCGGGGGGUAAGGGUUCGGGUCAGAUGGGUAGUACUUUAGGAGCUUCGGUGAGAGCAGUUGUUGAAUUGGAGAAAGGCCAGCAGCUGUACUUCAUAAUUGGUCAAAGCGGAACAGACGCUUGCCCAAAGAAUCUCGGAGUCAAGGUUUACAGUUGUCAAAACGAUGACCUACCCACAAGUGGUCUAGGCUCUGGUUCCGUGUCGAUGGUACACCAAGUGAAGAAAAUCGAUGUGAAAGAUAGCGGUGGCGGUGGUGGAGGAGCUACCUACGUUUUUACUUUGAAACCAGAUGGAGAACAAAAACCUUUGUUGAUCGCAGCUGGUGGAGGAGGUUUAGGGCAUGGCCAAUUUCUUGACGACGGUAUUCAGAAUGGAAAAGGUGCUGCGCCAAAAGGAAGAUUAUUCGAAUCUGGAUUAUCGAUUUCAGCAUUGGCCGGUUCUGGGGGUGGAUGGAGUGGCUCAAUAAAUAACGGAACAAGUGCAAAAACUGCAGGCACACCGUUAAUUCUUGGAGGAAUGGGCGGGGCGGCUUGUAAAAAUAAUACUGGAGGCCGUGGAGACGGAGGUUUUGGAGCUGGUGGUGGAGGUUGUCUUGGUGGUGGUGGAGGUGGUGGUUAUAUAGGUGGAAAUACGGGGCACGCAAAAUCGUCAAACGGGGAAGGUGGAUAUUCAUAUGCAGCACCAGAACUCUUACACGUCUCGUUCACUGCCGGUGUUAAUCCGACCUCAGGGAAGGCUUAUAUCGUCCCAGCAAUCAGCGGCUGUGGUUGUGAUUUUCGAUGCGUUGCAAUAGACGAACAUUUGAGUAAAACCAAAUGCAUCUGUCCACCUGGUUGGCUCCUUGGCAAUGACACUCGGUCAUGCGUUAUGGACAGAGGCCCUGAGGUCCAUCCGACAUUUAUGAUAGUACUUAUCGUUUUGAGCAUCGGCUUAUUAUUGGCCUUUUCUGGACUCUGUCUUGUACUAUAUAAUCGAUACCAGCAUCGUAAAGCAUUGCUAAGGCGGCGCCAAGUCAUGUUUGGCAAUGGGACGGAGCUGACGUCGCUUCGCAUUGUUUCCGACACUAUGAUGACAGAAUUUAACCCCAACUAUGAAUUUGCUGGGAAUCUCUACAGCUUCAAAGAUUUACCUCAAAUUCCGCGGGACAGUAUAUCUCUCGUAAAGCCUCUGGGACAAGGUGCAUUUGGCGAGGUUUUUCAAGGUGUAUAUAAAUACAACAGAAAUGAGGAACAUCCGGUCGCCGUAAAAACAUUGCCAUCGUUAUCAACGUCGCAAGCCGAAGCAGAUUUUAUGAUGGAGGCUCUUAUUAUGAGCAAAUUUAAUCAUCCAAAUAUUGUACAUUUUAUCGGCGUUUCAUUUGACAAUCACCCACGAUAUAUUGUACUAGAAUUGUUGGCUGGUGGUGAUCUGAAGAAUUUCUUACGAGAAGAGAGACCGCGGCCGGAUCGUCCCACGACGUUAACCAUGCAAGAUCUGGUUAUGUGUGCAUAUGACGUGGCAAACGGGUGUAAAUAUAUGGAGGAUGCCAGGUUCAUUCAUCGUGACAUUGCUGCGAGGAAUUGUCUUUUGACAUCCAAAGGAUCGGGUCGUAUUGUGAAAAUUGCUGAUUUUGGUAUGGCCAGAGACAUAUACAGAAGUGACUACUACAGAAAAGGCGGAAAAGCAAUGCUGCCCAUAAAGUGGAUGCCUCCAGAAAGUUUUCUCGAUGGAAUAUUCACUACGAAAACGGACGUUUGGGCCUUUGGUGUCCUUCUAUGGGAAAUUAUGUCCUUCGGUUACAUGCCGUACACAGGGUGUGCAAACCGAGAAGUUAUGUCGAUGGUAACAACCGGUGGGCGGUUAGAGAGGCCAGCUGGAUGCCCCGAUCCAAUUUAUGGCGUAAUGACUCAAUGCUGGCAUCCUCAUCCAGAGGACAGGCCCAGUUUCUCGACAAUUGUCGAAAGGAUAGGCUAUUGCCUACAGGAUCCUGAUGUUAUUGACCAUCCAAUGCCUAACUACGAUAUUCUCCCUGCUUGCGAGAGAGAAAUAACGAUAAUGCGGCCUGAUCCAGAAACAGAAUGCAUCAACGUACGUAGCAGCUUGGAUGGAUGUGGUGGAUAUAUGCAACCCAAAACAAGCUUCCGGCCAGUAUCAUAUCGCAUCGGUCCAGCGCCUGGAAUCGUUUACGCAUACUUGCAACACUGUGAUGACUGCGGAAACGAAAGCGCAAAAAUACAAGAAACGGCACUAUCGGAACCGAAAAUGCAUCAUAACAACUGUGGUCAAAAUGCAAAUAAUGAGUCCAGCAAAUAUAUCUCUGGAAAAAAGGUGCCUUGUAGACAUAAAGCGUUACCUCCGGAAGAGAGCAACGCUAACGCUGUAACAGUGAGUACAGAAUUAAAUCCGGAAAAAUCAAUCAAAUGCCAAAACAAGGUAUUAAAUGGAAACACCAACAGAGAUAAUGGGAAUUGUGAAAGUAUGACUAACACAGAUACAAAUUCGGAUUCCUUGGCUAUCCCCACGUCGAAUCCCCCAACAGAAACUUCGUUAUCUUCGCCAAAUACUCGAGUGUCAUCUCCGAAUCACGUAAUUUUAAACGCUAAUGUGAAUAACAAUAAUGGCAUCCUAAGGAAGAGCGCGCUCAAAGCUGCUCUUAGCUUGGAUCCAAGCGCUCUUUGUCGAGGGACUAUUCCCUACGAGAAAAUUGCAUUUUCACCGCCACCUCCGCGUCUGAGUAAUCCAGGCAGUAUGGAAUUGAGAAAGGAUUCUGUGGGUCACGAGUUGCCGAGAGAAGAGGGGUGCUCCUGCUGAGAUUCAAUUAAUGGCGGCUGACAACGCUACUCAGACUCUAACUUAGCCGUCAAUCUUCUAAAGAGAUCAACUUCCAUGCCAGGAUUUGGAUAUAUGUCUCUACUGACGGUCGAGUAAUUCUUGCUCUACCUUCGAAAAGGCUAGUUAAGCGCAUGAGACAUUUAUACAGUGCUGCGCGCGUCUAAAAAAAAUCGUCAAACUGUAUAUUACCUGAGGGUGCAGGUGACGCACAAUAAUGUCUCAGAUUUUACAUCGCCUGAAACCGUGGUAUUUCGUCGUGCGAGCAGACUUUCAUGCUCAUAAACAGAAAUGUUUUUCAACCAAAAAAACACAUAUAUGUACAAAUUUUGAAUCUGAAGUUAUGUGGGUGUUUUAGUAUUGUCUCAAAUAACAGUUUUUCACUUUUCUUGGUAAAUGUGCUAAAUUUGUGUUAGUAUGAUUAGAAAAUAUACACACAGUUGUAAGGCUCAAAAACCGUUCGCAAUGCUUGGUUUUGAAUGCAUAAAAAAUGCUUCGAGUUAAAAUUGUAAUGAUCGUAUACAUAGAAAUUAUAAAUUAAAAAAAAAAUUCUGGUGCAUUGGUCUCAAAGUCAAUUGCAAGUUUUAUUGGAAUAUUAUAAAAUCGACUACUGCGAAAAAAGGGUUGUCGCUCUCAUUUUUUCAAAAUCAAGCUACCUGUAACUUGUCUACUAGAUAAAUGUUGAAGUCACAAUAUUCUGUGUAAUAAAAGAAAGAUCUCUUAUUGAACGUGCUGUAACUAUUUGCUUCAGAAAACAGGACAACUUUUACUUGAAACUUUUUACUGAAUUCAACAGUCUUAGAGAUAUUGGAUAUUGAUUUGACAGUGGAAUACUCGAAAAAAUGAACCCUUGUUUGUAAUGACGGUGCAAUUAGUAUGACAUAAACACAAUCUGUAAUGAUUCUCAAACGCAAAAUUUGAAUACGACUCUGCAGAAAAUCAGUUAAUAGUAUACAAUUUGAUCAAUAUAUACCUAAGUUUUGAUCUUCUCAAAACUGUUUUUCAUUAUCUGAUCAUCAACUCUAGGAAAUUUGCACACGACUCUACAUUUAUGGAUUCUAUUUUCAUAUGUAUAGUAGUGAAAGUAUUUUAUAGAUUAUUUUUAUUUAUUUAUUUUAGUAUAUACAUUAGCAAAAGCGUAUCGUCCAACCAUGCAGGUUACGUUACUUUUUCAAACUCAUAACAAUACGAUUCAUCAUUGAAUCAUUACUCGGUAAAGUGACAAUUAAUGAUUAAAACUCGUAUCGCUGUGGUACGUGUUUAAUUUAGGAUAAACUGAGACCUGUCACUGAAUUUUUAUUGUGUUGGCACGGUGAUUCAGGAGAUAAAACUCAAUGUUUUUGGGUUGAACAAUAUUCUUACAUCCAUUUUCCGUGCGACAUAUCCUCGAUCACAAAAUAGUGGAACGAGUAAGUAACAAAACGUAUAACGAACUGAUGUUCAGCCUAUUUUAUGAGCUGUUAAAAAAUCAGGCGCGGUCUCGGGGAAAGAAAUGAGGGCGGUUACCUCGCCUAAGGGAUAAGGAAUGCUUAACUGUGACACAAGCAUGAAAUACACGUGAUAAAAUUUUAGAAUUAGGACCCUUCAAAGUUUUCUAUACUCUCUGUAUCAAAGAUUUUUUGUGUUAAACAUUCCAUAUUCGAGCCAGUCACCGCAAGUGAUGUUGUCAAGAAGCCACGGUGCCGUAACCGAAAAACAGAGCUUACCAUCAGUCGCCUUGUAAAUGUAAUCGAGAAUAUGAGAGCAUGGAAAUCUUCAAUUGUAGAAACGCUCGUGUAAAAAUGUUUCGGGCAGUUUUAUGUUUCAAAUAGUCUCGGCACUUGAGUGUCCUUGAGAGGAAAAUACUAAAGUAAUGCCGGUUCUGGAUACAGAUUCCUAUAUACCGAUACAGUUACCGGCACUUAGCGAAGGCACAAACCGCUUUCGCGAAUGUUCGAGAGUACGAGAUACCCCCACUAUAAUUGACUUUAUCGAUCAUCGGAUUAUUUCGUUGCUCUACCUCACCGGCGAUUUUCUCUGCCUUACCCCAGUUUUAACUUUCAUCGGGCACAAUCAGUGGGAGUUACACUCUGCCUUACCAUGUUUUCAAUUCUCGUUGGCAAAAUCACAAAACUGCAUGUGCAACAUACCUACGCUAUCGAGAAAAAUCGAGAAACUGUAUAUUACCGCGAUGCGUACCUCAUCGAGCUUACCAAGCGCAGACACGAAGAUCAUCGAUUUUAGAAGGUUCUUCCACCAUGAGUCAGUUUCGAGAAUAUUCUUCCGUCACUUGACAUAUAUUUGUAUUAUCGACGAACUGAGAACAUUAAUAAGGAGGUAAUUUUAUACCUCUCUUAUUGCUCGAAUAAGGUAAUUUUUUUUGUAAAAACUGUCACUUUUUCGUUCAAGCUCGAAAUUAACAUGAUUUCACGGUUUUUUCUAUUCUUUUUUUUUAGUCUGUUAUUACGGUUAUUUAUCUUCACGCUACUUUUAAACUUCAUAACUUAUUUUUUUCAUAUAGAGUUGAGGUUCUUUCAUAAAUUUCAACGUUUCAACUUUGUUGUUAAGUGGUUCAGUUCCAGUUUCAAUUGAAUCAGGUUUUGUACUUUCUUAAUAUUUUUUAAGAACAAGGUGAUUAAGUCUCAGAGUUAUUUUUGUGUCUGAAUUCUCUUCGUUAGCGUAGAAUCGAUUCAAGACUGACGUCUUGGCAUGAAUUUCUAUACCUUUAUAGCAUCAUGUUUCCUCCAGCAUACACAAGUUACAAUUUGUCGUUUGAGAAAAUUUUUUGGAAGUCUUGAUUUUUUAGAAGCUACUGGAAACCGCCUUCGGAACUUUCUUGAACUCAACGUUACACCAAAAACCGUGGAGUAAUUUUAGAACCUUCCAGAAUUCAAUGUCGCGUCGAAAACUAUUAGAUGAUUCCAAAACUCUACGUCACAUUGAAUCCCUUUGACCCGUCGAUUCCGAGAACUGCUGGUCAUCGGAGGAGGUCAGUACUGAUGGAAGAACUUUCUCGAACUUGACUCACGAUGAAACAACCUUCUGGAAUCGUCGAACUUACGUGAUGUUGCCCGAGAGGGGCUGAAAUCAUAAUACGGCAUACCGCAAUGCCAAGAUUUUGCCCAAUUAGGGCUAGAAUUAUGGUAAGGCAUAGCAAAUUGCCAGUAACUUGAUGUAACGAAAUUAUCUAAUGAUCGAUGAAGUCAAUGAGAGUGAGGAUAUCCUCCACCCUUAUAAAUUCUAGAAAAAGUUUUAUGUCUAACCCAAAUCCCGGUAACUGUAUAAGAAUCUGUGCCCAGAACCGGCAUUGCUUUACUAAAGACAGAGAAAUUGGCACCAACAAUCAGUCUAGUAAAUUAUUACAGCAUAAUAUAACCAGCGCAUAUCACGUGUGGAACUAUUUUACUAAAGCCCGAAUUUUUCCCAAAUGGCCUGUAUGACGAUGAACCUAAGUCUGCAUAUUUCUGUUAGUAGCUACGAGUAUGGAAAAUUUAGCAGCACAGCAAUAGAGUAUUAUUAACAAUCUAGAGGAUCUUGGAAUUUAGCUCGUGCAAACUGUGGUGUCUAACAUUUCAGAUUCUACAGUUAGUCGCAAAGCAUUGUCUCAAGGACACUUGACGAAAACACGAUAUUUGCCUCCUCUUCACACACGUAUCCCUACAAUUAGAGAUUGAAAGUCAUUAUGGUGUCAAUGACGUCUGGUUUUCCAGCAUUUUUUUGGCUCACUUGUGGAAUCAACGACGGCAUGUUUUCUUGAAACGAGUAUCAGGCCAUGUUAUACACUGUACGGUAUACACGACGGUGAUCCUUGGCAAGUAACCAAUUGAAUAAAAAUCCAAUAAUUUUAACUUGUUAUGUCAAUGCAAAAAUGCCAUGAAAAAUUUUGUGCUGGUGAUGGCAUAGUAUUAAUUGUAAUUAUUCGUCACAUAAAUGCUCGCGAAAAACAUAUUGUAACACCUAAGAAUAUAGCCUAAUUUUAUGACAACAAAGUGAACAAUUUCGUCGGAUUAAUGUUUGUGGCCAGCGCUAAGAGAAUUUUUUAGAGAUCUUAUAGGUAUGGUUGAUUAACAUUUAAAUAUGAACGUCGAAAUACAUAGUUAAGAUAGUUACAAAUUUCACAAGAUCUCAAAUUCUCAAGACGGAGUUGAGGCAUGUCCAAACUUCGCUAUACAGCAUCAAAUAGUAAGUUUAUAAGAUGUCGUUUCAAAGGUAUUAUUUUUUUAUGAAGAAAACACUCGUAAACUAUUUAUCCUUUCAGAAUCAAGCGGAUUGUAGAUGUGCUCAACAGUUAUUAUAAAAGCAUAUGAACCCCUGUAGAAUAAAUUUGAACAAAAAGUCUAUUAUAAUAUUAUACAGGGUGGGGCAUUUGAAAUGUUACAAAGAAAUAGCACUCAAGCUAUUGGUAAUAUCUGAAAAAGUUUCAGAUAAAAGUUGUAUUGCUCGAUAAAGACGUUAUAUAGAAACAUUGUAACUUUUUUCGGUGGAGAGGCCAAAGCAACGUCCAAGUUAGUCAGCUCCACUUUUUUGAAUUGAACCAUGUACUUUUUUCUUCAUGACAUCAUCACUGACGUUGACAAUAGGACGAGUUUAGUGACGCAUAAUACAAGGCAUUCUAGUGACGCAUAGUAUGAUGACGAGUGAGAUUUUUGGCGAGAAGUGGAUAGGAUGAGCCAGUCCUGCAGUUUGACGACCUCUUUUGCCAGAUCUAACAUCACUAGCUUACUUUUUACGGGGUUUUGUGAAAGAGCGCGUAAUGGCAGAAGCACCUGCCACGCCUGACGAUAUGAAAGAAAGAAUUUACUGCGUACGCCCAAAUUACACCAUAGAUGUUGGCUGAAGUUAGAUGAUCUUUUUAUCGGAAAAUAAACAAAGGCUCACAAGUCCAGGAUCAUCAUUUCGUGGUUCUUCUGUCGGUUGACCCAAACUGUGGUUUUUAAAUCGUUUAAGAGUGGUUAUCCUACUGAAAAUGAUCAUGUGUUAAAUUAUAAAGCGUUAUGUCUGAAAUUCACGCCUAAUUUAUUAUAGUGUAUGUACAGUAUAGUUCACUAUAUGAUGAAUAGGAUAAAUUAUACAUGAAUUUCAAAAUUACAAUGGGAAAAUAAAUUACAACGGUCACGAAUGACGUCUUCUUUGAAAAAUACAACUUGUAACUAAAACUUUUUUGGAUUAUCACCAACAGUUUGAACACUAUUGCUUUGUAACACUUUAAGUACUCCACCCUGUGUAAUGUAUAAUGUAUAUAUAUAUAUAUAUAGUAUAUAAUAACUGUAAAUAUUGAUGAUUUGAUGCUGCAAAUCUGCCAGUAGAUUACUUUCUCUCCGUUUGUAAUUUGUACAUAUUAUUCAACAACUGAAACAUUCAGCAUCUAAGAGAAGAUAAGAACGAUAUUAAAUUAAGUUGCUGAAGAGCACAAUGUGAUGUGUAUGAUGAACCUAUAUAUUAUUUGAGAAAAAAGCCAAAUUAUCUUACGUGCCAAAAAAAGAAAGAAAUGUUACAAUCAUACUAAACGAAUGAUAAACUGAUGUGUCAAAUAUUUGUUAUUUAUGUUUAAAUAUAAGUCUAUAAGAAACAUCAUAUUUAACAGUGUAUUUUUUUUUUUUGAAAAAUUUAUUGACUGUUAAUACAUAUAUCUAUAAUUGGCAUUAACUGAUAAUUAUUAUGUGCAGCUAUUUAUUAAGUAUUAUUAUCAUAUACGUUUAUAUGAAUAUUUAAAACUGUUUUACCGUUGAUUUCGUAUAUCCAUAUAUGUUUGAAUGUUUUGUGGUAGUAGAUCAUAAGAGUAUUAUACAUGUUGGAUAAAAUAAAAUCUUAUACAAGAACCGCU